ACCCAAAGCCAACCCAGGUCGCUCGGUCAGCACCUCCUGGAGAGCAGAGGAGAAGAAGAACCGCGGCCGAGUCCUGAGCCCCUGAGAAGACGCGCAGAAACACAACGAAACCCCGUGGAAUCGGUGGGGCUCAGAUAAUCUGUCGCCGCUAACCCUUCCCUUCCAUUCCAUUCCAUCCCUUCCCUCCCAGCCGCGCCGCGCCGCGCCGCGACGGUUGUUCCACCGGCCGGUUUCCUUCCCCACUCCCUUUCCUUUUUAAAAGAAGAGGCUCUGCCUCCUCUCCUGCCAAGAAGACAAGACGAGGGAUCGAGACGUCGAGCGUUGCUGGAGAGUAGGGAGGGGUUCAUGCUGGGUGCGAAGAUGAAGAGCGGGGAGAUGAGCAGCAUUAGCCCGCUGGUGUCCUUCAUGCUGGGCGCCGCCAUGGCCACCGUCUGCGUCCUCUUCUUCAUGUCCGCCAGCCCCGGCGGGCGCCUCCUCGACAUCUCCGCCUUCAGCAACAGGAACGGCACCGCCGACCAGGAGGAGCUGCUCUCCUCCGUACAGCAGGCCGGGGUGGCCGACGGCAUCGCCGAGACGACGGCGGCCGAGGCCACUGCAACGCCGGCUCCGACUCCUGCACCCGUCGAGGCUCCGUCGCCGUGGGGCGACCUGGAGGAGGUGCUCCGGCGGGCGGCGACCAAGGACCGGACGGUGAUCAUGACGCAGAUCAACGCGGCGUGGACGCGCCCCGGGUCGCUGCUGGACCUCUUCUUCGAGAGCUUCCGGCUGGGCGAGGGCGGCGUGGCACGGCUGCUGGAGCACCUGGUGAUCGUGACCAUGGACCCGGCGGCGUACGAGGGCUGCCAGGCGGUGCACCGCCACUGCUACUUCCUCCGCACGGCCAACGGCGUCGACUACCGCUCCGAGAAGAUGUUCAUGAGCAAGGACUACCUCGAGAUGAUGUGGGGCCGCAACCGCUUCCAGCAGACCGUCCUCGAGCUCGGAUACAACUUCCUCUUCACGGACGUAGACGUGAUGUGGUUCCGGGACCCGUUCCGUCACAUCUCCAUGGCGGCGGACAUCGCCAUCUCGAGCGACGUGUUCAUCGGCGACCCCUACAGCCUGCACAACUUCCCCAACGGCGGGUUCCUCUUCGUGCGGUCGUCGGAGAAGACGAUCGAGUUCUACCGCGGGUGGCAGCAGGGGCGGUGGCGCUUCUUCGGGAAGCACGAGCAGGACGUGUUCAACCUCAUCAAGCACGAGAUGUCCGCCAAGCUCGACCUCAGCAUCCAGUUCCUCGACACCCAGUACAUCAGCGGCUUCUGUCAGCUCAGCAAGGACCUCAACAAGAUCUGCACCCUCCACGCCAACUGCUGCGUCGGCCUCGGCGCCAAGCUCCACGACCUCCGCGGCGUCCUCGGCGUCUGGAGGAACUACACCACCGGCUCCGCCGACGAGCGCCGCGCCGGGAAGUUCCAGUGGAAGCUCCCAGGCAUCUGCAUCCACUGAUCGAAUCGAUCGACCUCGUCGUUGAGGCAUGCAGCUCUAGCCAGGUCCGAUCUCCACUCGCUCGUUCGCUCGUUCAGGUGGCCGGCCGACUGAUUACCUGGUCCACUCUUUUCUCGGCUUCUUCGCGUAAAAGCUGAGGAAAUCGGGAGGUAGAAUUGAUUCGUUUAAUUUGUGAAAGCUAGAUGAGUAGGAUCGUUGAGUUAUACCGCUCCAUAUGUAUGUACACAGCACAGCCUAUCUAUGUAUCCUUGCUCUACCAUGUAAAGAUGAAUGCAACACCGCUUAAUUAUUGCUUUCAGGUUUAAAAAAUCUCGUGUUGGAUGAGAGCAAACAAA